AUGGAACGUUCAAAGAAAACCAACGGCAGCAACAGUUGUGAAUUUGCAAAUAAUUUAACAGCCACUAAUGCAUCCUCGGCGGCAGCAACAGUAACAAACAAUACCGUGGGCACAACAACAACAACGACAAGUCCCUGGAGCAAUAACAAAGAAUCGCCACCCAAUGAGGAUGACUCGAAUGAAGAUGAUACGGAUAAUGCAACACCGGCGAAAGUCACAGAUCCCUUGGCACCUAAAUUAACAAAUAAUGAGCGUGUCCUCGUUGUCUCCGUAACAGAACGUCGCCGUGAAACAUGGGGCCAAAAAGCCGAAUUUCUUUUGGCCGUCAUUGGCUUUGCCGUUGAUUUGGGCAAUGUUUGGCGUUUCCCCUACAUCUGUUACCAGAAUGGUGGCGGAGCCUUCUUAAUACCCUAUUGCAUUAUGUUGGUAUUCGGUGGACUGCCUCUGUUCUAUAUGGAACUGGUAUUGGGACAAUUUCAUCGUUGCGGCUGUUUGAGUAUAUGGCGGCGAAUAUGUCCGGCAUUGAAAGGUGUUGGCUAUGCAAUCUGUCUAAUUGACAUUUAUAUGGGCAUGUACUAUAACACAAUUAUUGGAUGGGCCGUUUAUUAUCUGUUCGCCUCGUUUACAUCGAAAUUGCCUUGGACAUCGUGCGAUAAUCCAUGGAAUACGGCCGCAUGUAUGCCCGUGACGAAUGCGAACUUUAAUGCCAAUCAAACAACGCCGGCCAAAGAGUUUUUCGAACGCAAAGUCUUGGAACAGUACAAAUCGGAUGGCCUCGAUUUAAUGGGUCCCGUUAAGCCAACAUUGGCUUUAUGCGUUUUUGGUGUUUUCGUUUUGGUCUAUUUCUCCCUGUGGAAGGGUGUCCGUUCCGCCGGCAAAGUGGUAUGGGUAACCGCAUUGGCUCCAUAUGUGGUACUCAUCAUUUUGCUGAUUCGAGGUGUAUCGCUGCCCGGUGCCGAUGAGGGCAUCAAAUAUUAUUUAACACCAGAAUGGCAUAAGCUGAAAAAUUCAAGGGUUUGGAUUGAUGCUGCCUCACAGAUAUUCUUCUCCCUGGGACCUGGCUUUGGAACGCUGCUCGCCCUCUCAAGUUAUAACAAAUUCCGUAAUAAUUGUUAUCGCGAUGCCUUGAUUACAAGUAGUAUUAAUUGUUUGACAAGCUUCCUGGCGGGAUUUGUGAUUUUUUCGGUAUUGGGCUACAUGGCCCAUGUGCAAAAGACCACCAUCGAUCGUGUGGGCCUCGAAGGACCCGGUUUGGUUUUUAUCGUAUAUCCCGAGGCCAUUGCCACAAUGAGCGGUUCCGUCUUUUGGUCUAUCAUUUUCUUUUUAAUGCUGAUCACAUUGGGUUUGGAUUCCACGUUUGGCGGUUUGGAGGCAAUGAUUACCGCGCUGUGUGAUGAAUAUCCUCGGUCGAUAGGAAGAAGGAGGGAAUUAUUUGUAUUAUUACUAUUGGCGGGAAUAUUUUUGUGUGCCCUACCCACCAUGACAUAUGGUGGCGUAUUUCUGGUGAACUUCCUUAACGUCUAUGGUCCCGGGUUGGCCAUUCUCUUUGUGGUAUUUGUGGAAGCAGCAGGCGUGUUUUGGUUUUAUGGCGUCGAUCGUUUCUCCAGUGAUGUGGAAAUGAUGCUGGGCAAACGACCCGGUCUGUUUUGGCGCAUAUGUUGGACCUACAUCAGUCCGGUGUUUUUAUUGGCCAUUUUCAUUUUCUCCUUUUUGGGCUAUGAAGAAAUGCUCGGCACCGAAUAUAAAUAUCCGCAAUGGAGUAUUAAAGUCGGUUGGGCGGUCACAUGUUCCUCGGUGUUGUGUAUACCCAUGUAUAUGAUCUACAAAUUCUUCUUUGCCUCGAAGGGUAAUUGUCGUGAGCGCUACGAUGCCUCAUUUAAACCGGACACAAAACCGGGUACAGCCAUACCCGGGCAGCAGGGUACCAAUGUGUGACAUG